AACGCGUUAAAAUUGUUUGUGGACACUUCGCAUCUUUUUGUGGCGUCGGAUUUUAUAAUUUACGAAUUGGGGCAAUAAAUACAAUAUUCUCUGCGUGCAUUAACCGUUUUUUGAAAGCAAAAUGGACCGAAGAAAGAAGCGCACAUCCUCGGAACAGUACCAGAUGUACAUAGACAUGAUGGAGGCGGACCCAAUUUUCGCCACCGGACGGGUGCCGCGCGAUUAUGAUCUUAACUAUUUGACAAAAAAGUGGAAGGAGCUCUCAGACCGGCUAAACAAAUGCAGCUCGGGGCCCACACUCACACCCGAGGAGUGGCGCAAGCGACUGAACGAUUGGAAGAACACGACAAGAUGCAAGUACAGACGCAGCCUCAUGGCCACCGAGAAGGACAUAUCGAUGACGAUGCUAGAAAACAGAGCACUCGAUCUGUUUGGCAAGGUGCCCUCAGCCACGGGCGAGCCGCUGCUGAAUCUGAAGUCCGAGAAGGACGACGGCGACGAUGAGAUGGAGGACAUUGGACAGCGCACAUCGGCCGCUUUCCAAAAGGAACUGCAAGCCGCCGUCGAGGAGGCCAUUAACGAUGAAGUAGACGACGAGGAUAUGCUCGAGGAACACGUCGAACAGGAGGAUAUUAUCGACGAGAAUCUGACCGACAACGGCGGUGCCAUUGAGGGUUCGAAUGCUGCCACAACCGCCGUAAAUACGGGCGGUGGCACUUACCGCACCAUCGUCGUGGACAACACAUCGUUUGAGCACGUGGAAGAGCCGCAUCCCGUUGAGUUUGUGGCCGCCCGUCGUACGCCUGCUUCCAGCAAUUCCAGCGUCCAUGCAGUCAUCAAUUCCGGCGCUGUCGUUGAAACCAAGCUCAUCAAUGGCGAACUGCCCGUGAAGCGAUUGCGCACCCAGACCCGGCCCGAUCAAAUCAUCUACCAUGUCCAAAAUGCGCCGCGUUGCAUUUCAAACAAACAGGACGUGCCGCCGCUGCUCAGUACGAAGGUGGAGCGGGAUAGCACACCAUUGAGCGCUGCACUGAGCAGCCAGGAUGGCCAGCAGAUAGCCCAUCAGCUGAAGCGUCUGGCCGACAUCAACUACGAGACACUGCAGUUCGAGAUCGCGCGAUUCAAGUUCAAUAAUCCGGGUUUCCAAUACAAUCCGCCGUCCUUAUAGUCCGCCAUGCAUCAGUAGACGCAAGAGGCGGCUCAGAAAUCCCGGCAACAGCAAAGAAACAAACAAACGUCAGUUGCAGCAUUCUCAGCAGGGUGGAGUCGUGAGUGCUAGUAGCUCUGCUCUGCUAACAGCAUAACUUAUAGUAGCCAGAUUAGAUUAAAGUUUAUUUAGAGACUUCUAUUGCAAAUAUACAAUAUCAUAUUUCUCUUUUAUACACCAUUCAAGCCACACACUCACACACACUCACACAUGUGUGUAUGUGUAUGUAGUACGUGGCACGCCUGAUAGGAGCAGAGCGUGCUGCAAGUACAUAUAAAUUGGACAAAGUAAUUUUAAUCGUGUUGUAUGUAAAUGUAAAGAAUAAAGUUUACCAAUGAUAAAUACGCAA